UGAUAUUUUUCUUCAUCUUUGGUUGGUGAUUCUGGGAGGACAGCCAUCUUUCGUCUCCCGGCUGUCACAUUUGAAGCACAUCGUCCACAUUAUUUUUAACUGAGCUGAAGUUUGUUGUGAGCAUGAGCGGUCAGUGACGACCAAACACUGUGGAUACAUUUCAGAGCCCUUCCUGCUGUUCUCCAUCGUCAACUGACAGUCUGGUGUGUAUGAAACCAGGCAAUGUCCACCAUGGUGUACCCACGCGAUGAAACCCUGGAGCGACUGAGCCAGGAUGAGAUCGUCCUCAACACCAAGGCCGUCAUGCAGGGCCUGGAGACGCUGCGCGGCGAGCACGCCCAGCUCCUCAACUCGCUGCUGGACUGCACCCAGCCGCCCGUCGCCCAGGAAAAGUCGGGACUGCUCCGCAAGAGUCUGGAGGCCAUCGAGCUGGGCCUGGGAGAGGCACAGGUGAUCAUCGCCCUGUCGAGCCACCUGAGCGCUGUCGAGUCGGAGAAGCAAAAGCUGCGCGCUCAGGUGCGCCGCCUCUGCCAGGAGAACCAGUGGCUGCGGGACGAGCUGGCGGGGACGCAGCACAAGCUGCAGCGCAGCGAGCAGAGCGUCGCCCAGCUGGAGGAGGAGAAGAAGCACCUGGAGUUCAUGAACCAGAUCAAGAAGUUCGACGAUGACGUGUCGCCCUCAGAGGAGAAGAGCCAGAGCGCCGGGGGCGGCGGAAGCGGGGGAAGCGGAGGAGACACUUCAAAGGACAGUCUGGAUGACCUGUUCCCCAACGACGAUGACCAGGGACCAGCCCAGCCCAGCGGAGAGGUGGCAGCCCAGCAGGGCGGCUACGAGAUCCCGGCCCGCCUCAGGACGCUCCACAACCUGGUGAUCCAGUACGCCUCGCAGGGGAGGUACGAGGUGGCCGUGCCGCUGUGCAAACAAGCUCUGGAGGACCUGGAGAAGACCUCUGGACACGACCACCCCGAUGUAGCCACCAUGCUCAACAUCCUGGCCCUGGUGUACAGGGACCAGAACAAGUAUAAAGAAGCAGCUCACCUCCUGAAUGACGCACUGGCCAUCAGAGAGAAGACGCUGGGGAAGGAUCACCCAGCCGUGGCCGCCACCCUCAACAACCUGGCCGUUCUGUACGGGAAGAGGGGCAAAUACAAGGAGGCUGAGCCGCUCUGCAAGAGAGCUCUGGAGAUCAGGGAGAAGGUGUUGGGGAAGUACCACCCAGACGUGGCCAAGCAGCUGAACAACUUGGCCCUGCUGUGUCAGAACCAGGGCAAGUACGACGAGGUGGAGUACUACUACAGACGAGCUCUGGAGAUCUACGAGUCCAAGCUGGGCGCCGAUGACCCCAACGUGGCCAAGACCAAAAAUAACCUGGCGACGUGCUACCUGAAGCAGGGGAAGUUCAAAGAUGCUGAGUCUCUGUACAAAGAGAUCCUGACCAGGGCGCACGAGAAGGAGUUCGGAUCCGUCAACAAUGACAACAAGCCGAUCUGGAUGCACGCAGAGGAGAGAGAGGAGAGCAAGGGUAAGCGCAAGGACUCUGGCCCGUAUGUCGAGUAUGGGAGCUGGUACAAGGCCUGCAAGGUGGACAGCCCCACGGUGAACACGACCCUCAAAAGUCUGGGAGCGCUGUACCGUCGCCAGGGCAAACUGGAGGCAGCAGAAACGCUGGAGGAGUGCGCCAGCAAGUCCCGGAAGCAGGGAAUUGAUGCCAUUAACCAGAGUAAGGUGGUGGAGCUGCUGAAGGACGGAGGAGCGGGUGGAGGCGACAGACGACACAGCAGGGAGGGAGUCAACGGGCCGGGAGGACAGCGGGGAGAGAGCGAGGGCGACGAGUCCGCCGAGUGGAACGGGGACGGUAACGGCUCUCUGCGCCGCAGCGGCUCCUUCGGGAAGAUUCGUGACGCCCUGAGAAGGAGCAGCGAGAUGCUGGUGAAGAAGCUGCAGGGCAGCGGACCACAGGAGCCCCGAAACCCAGGAAUGAAGAGAGCGAGCUCCCUCAACUUCCUCAACAAGAGCACCGAGGAGACCACACAGGACACCAGCUCCGGAUUCUCCGACUGCAGGGGACUGAGCGCCAGUAAUGUUGACCUAUCCAGACGCAGCUCCCUGAUUGGCUAGGCAGAGACAGAGCGGCGGGACUCGGCGGAGACAGAGCGGCCCGACGAGGAGAGGCUGUUUGCAGCUCGGUUUGAUCCAACAAACACACCUAAAGCUCGACGCCAGAUCAAACACUUUGCACCUGCAGCAUAUUUUUUAAAGAACUGAAGGAAAAAAAAAACAACGUACUAAAAGUCAGUCACCCUGUGCGACACAGUCGCUGCUGCUUCGCUGUACAAACCGCCGCCCGCGAUCAGAGAAAGAUAAUAUUUAGAUACUCAUUAAUCAGCAUGCUGCUUACUAGAAAGUGGAAUGUCUGCACCUGAACGCCUCGUGUUUGUUGACUCAUAGCACCGUAGCAAAGCGUCGUAUCCACAUCGUGGUGAGUCCGUUCCCUUCGAUCCACACCCUCACGUGCAGACACUCAACCUUAGGUAGGCUCAAUACUCCGGUUUCAGUUUCCAAGAGAAGCGUUGCACUCUGUAUAUAUCACCAGUAGCAUGACGGUAAAAAAAAAAAUGUCACAAUCCGCUUCGAUUUUAUCAGAGGUACGAACAGAUCACACAAGCAAUCUUUGGGGAUUCUCAAAAAACCAUUAGCACUAACCAUUUAAACCUCACUUUUUGCCUUCUUGUUUUGUUUUUUGUUAUGUAUAUAGAAUUUUAAAUUAUUUGAUAUUUCAUUCUUUGUAUAUAGUGCACAUUGAUCUGUUUGUUUUUUCUCUUUGUUUACACUUUAUUUGGUUAAAGAGGGUUUCAGUUGGAGGAAACACUACUGAUGUGAAGGGGUGAAGACUGGAAGAGAAGGAAAACAUCGACAGGCUGUUUAAAUGCUGAUAAUUUCAGAACCUCAGUCGCUCAAAUCUGCCGUAAUAAUGCACUCUGAGAGCAGAUGUCUGGAGGUUUCCACUGAGUCCUCAACAGGUCAAGUUACAGGAGACGUCUAGUUUUCAAAUGAACUUUGUUGGCGCCUCACGGGGAAAAUGAAAAAGGGCCAGAAAGUUAAUUUGAAAGCAAAUCAACAGAUAAACCUCCUGUGUGCUGCAACAGGACGCUUAAUUGAUCACUCUAAUCAUACUGUGAGGUCACUUUUCCCACUUCUAUCAUAAAACACUUUGAAUUUCCAGACUUUUUACCAAACAAGUCCGAAUGGUAUUGAAAGAAAAUGCUGUGAAAAAUAUUUAAAUCUAAUUUGUUUACAAUCAUUAAACCAGGAUGUUAAAGGCAUAAUCAACCCUCGUUUAAAACUAUAUGGGUAACUACCUUUUAUUGUUGGUUCAAAGCGGACGCAGUGCGUCGGCUACGAUAUGUUUACUUUUAUCAAUUCCUGCUGUGAGUUGUUUUUCCCUCGUUUGCUGAAUAUGUAUCAUUUUGUACAAAACAAUCCUCAGUGAUAUCACUGCUGACCCGGAUGGACGCCAUCAGUCGGCGACCGUCCGUCCUCGAUGAAGUUCGUUGUGCUGAUGCUUUUUCUUUCAUGUUUUGGCUCAGAGCUUUUAUGUUGAAGGUACCGAAAAACUGAUUCUUUGAAUGUUACAUUUCAUGUUGAUUGUGCGGUCCGGUGGCAUUCACGCUGGAUUUUUUUUGUUUCGUUGCUGUGCUGUCUGCAAGCCGGGAGCUAAACUCCACCAAAAUAAGACCGAUACCAAGAGAACAGUCCACAGAAUGUACAUGUGACGUGGAAACUGGGCUCGAAUGUGAUCAGAUUGUCAAGAAGUACCUUUUUUUUGGGCCUUCCUCCAUCUUGCUCGUAAAACUUAUAACACAAGAAAUCCAAAAACAAGAACUGUUGACAAUCUGAGUUUGAUUUCAAGAAGAGGACGCAGGCUAUUGUUUUGUGGCGUUGGAGGCAUUUUGUCAACGGCGGUGCGUGCACACCGUCGCCAUGUCCCAUAAACAACCUGAGGUUUCACCUUCUUGAAAUCACACUGCCGAGUCUAAAAAAGAAGUGCUAACUAUAUUCAGCUUGUGAUUGUGCUGAGUGUGCAAGGCGGUGCAGGUUAGUGAUGGACGGCGAUGAAGAAACUCGUGCAUGACGGGACGAAAGAGGGUAAAGUAAGUGUUCAGAGAGACGUUUAAAGUGCUUUAAGUGUCGUUCGCAGCAAAUAAUGUACAGAAUUAUCCGUAUACGACCUUUAUAUGUAUUUACUGUAUGUCACUUGUUCACACACACAUAACGAUGGGAAACUCCUUUAAUCACACAGUCUCAGUCGACACCGCCUAGUGUACAGAAGUUAGCGAAACACUAAUUUGUAGUUGAAGGUGGCUUCCUCUACACACCGUACUGUAUCACCAAUACUAAUCGAUCAUUUACUGUAUUAAUCAGGCACUUGCACACCACCGCGAAGCGUCUCAGACUAAGUGUUACGAGCAUUAACGCGCUGUGUCGCUCAAUAAAUCAGCUGAGAGAAAAACUGUAAACCUCUCUGGUUGUUCAAUGUUCGUCCUGAAGUUGUCAAUCCAAAGUUUGAAAGAUGAAAUCCGAUCUUUGUUUCCUCUGACGUCCAAAUAUUCACGGGGAUCAGCGCAUUAAUCCUAAGUGUCGUGGGUACGAGGGGGUUCUUGUUUAUGUACAAUCUCAGCUCCUUGUAUUGCUGAUGGAUCUUAUUGUGAAGGGGCCAACCUGAUGUGUAUUUUAUCAAAACCUUCAAUAAACACAAAUUCCACUUUUCAAACCUGA